UUUGUCUGUUCUCUGGGGUGGAAUCUGUCAAGCCUCCAGAGAAGUCUGUGCCUGCUGUGCUGUGCUGUCAGAGGCAACCUGCUCGCUCCAGGAGGUGAUGGGGAUCCCCACGUUCCUAGCCCUCCCUGCUGCCAGGAGUGACCGAGCUGCCUGCACAUCCUGCCAUCCUUUGGGCCACAUGCUACUGUGGACGGCUCUGCUAUUCCUCGCUCCUGUUGCUGGGAAACAUGCAGGUCUCCCAAAGGCUGUGGUGAACAUUCAGCCUGCGUGGAUCAAUGUGCUCAAGGAGGAUUACGUGACGCUGAUGUGUCAGGGGACCAACUUGUAUGAAGGCAACCUCACCCUGUGGUUCCAUAAUGGGAGCUUCAUCCAGAGCCAGAACCAGUCCAGCUAUAGCUUUAAGGCCAGCAGCAAUGACAGCGGAGACUACAGGUGUCAGAGAGAGCAGACCAGCCUCAGCGACCCUGUGCAUCUGUACGUGACUUCCGACUGGCUGCUGCUCCAGACCCCUAGCCUCGUGUUCCAGGAAGGGGAGCCCAUCGUGCUGAGGUGCCACAGCUGGAGAAACAGUUCUCUGAAUAAGGUCAUAUUCUUCCAGAAUGGAAAAUCCAAGACGUUUUCCCAUCUGCGUUCCAACUUCUGUAUCCCACAAGCAAACCUCAGUCACAGUGGCGAGUACCACUGCACGGGAUUUAUCGGGCAGACGGUGUACUCAUCACAGCCUGUGACCAUCACUGUCCAAGGGUCCAGCUGGAGCAACUCCUUGUCGGUGACGAUAGCAGUGGCUGUAGUCGCUUGGAUUGCUGCAAUGGCUAUUGCUGGAACCAUAGUAGCCUGGUUCUGCCUCAGGCGAAAGAUUUCAGCCAAUCUCGCUGAUGCUGAAGAGGCUGCCAAAAUGGAGGCUGAGAAUACAGUCACCUAUUCACUUCUCUCGUAUCCGGAAGUUGCAGAGGAAGAAACAGAGUCGUCGGUUUACCAGAACCACAUUUAGUUUUCAUUUUCUUGCCUGGGACUUGGGGAAGAGAAUCAGAGAGGCCAAGAUCUGGUGUCUUCUGUCCUGAAUUCCUCUGAAGGAGGAGAAGAGGAUGCUGCAGUUCUAAAGGAGAAUGACUCUUCCAGAGUUAUCUAUGUGAAUCCUAAAACUCCCUGUUUUGAAAGCCACAGACGAUAUGGUCUCAGAUAACUGAAUGCUGAUUUCUUCUGUGCUUAGCACUUCUCGCCAUCAGGACUCUUCUGUUAUAUAUCCACAAAGCCAGUGAAAAUUACCUUUAUUAAGAGAUUGUAGAAACAUGGGAAAUGCUUAUGUUACAGGUUACAUGAGAAAAAUUAGAUAAGUAUGUAUGGUUUCAAAAAUGUUGAGAUAGACUAACAUAUGCCAAUAUAUUAAAAGUGAUUGUUUCAGGGUGGUGGAAUUAUUGGUGCUUUUCAUUUUCUCUGUUAAUUUUUCUGUACAGAUCAUAUAUUACUUUUAUAAUAAAAUACUACACUAACAACAUUAC